CAUUUACCGCCAGGGAGGACUGUGCUGGGGUCCAUGUAAGCUAGGUUCGGGAUUCUGACUGAGUGGGGCGGUAUUGAUCUUCGUACAUCUCGGCAAUUGAAUCUUAGGGGAGACUUGAACCGUGUUCUCUCACCCUUGCGAAGUAGUGUUGAGCUUCACUGAUGGCUACUAAUGAGCAGAACAAAUACGCAGAAUCAUGCGGUGUACCGGGUUCCAUCCCUGCCAUGCAGCCAAGGCCUAAAGGCGAAAGGAAUGCCGACGCUGCUGCAACUCCGGUGUCCAAAGUAGUCACCCGUGAGAAAGCCCAGUUUCCCCGAGGACAGUACGAUUGGUCCUUAGUGGUGCCAGUCAUAUACAAUCUCUACAUCGUGCAGAACCUGCCACUUUCUGAAGUGAUGGAGAUCAUGAAAUCCCAGCACAAAUUCAAGGCUACGUAUUGAAUACCGAUGUCGACUCUCAGUCCUACCAGCUAACAAUGUAUGAAUAGUACGCGUAUGUACAAGGACCGUUUUACAAGAUGGGGUUGGCUUAAAUAUAGUAGGAGGAAACCGCCUGAGAAGGCAGCCACGGCAAGCUCCCGGCACUUUGAACAACAUGAAAAAGGGACUUUCAAUGUUGUCCGGCACCAGAGCUUGUCUUCACCCACUCGUCGGAUGCUGACGCAUCAGCACGACUUGGGCCGCUCAUUGGACAUGGGCUAUCGUGCUCUCAAGGUCUUCAUCCAACACUGGGCUGAGAACGACCCACGCUGGAAGGCCACUGCAGUCGACAGCUCGAUGACUUACCAUACGCUACCUGGAUAUGUCACGACGGCCGUUGGCUACUUUCAGGACGGCAAAGUCGUGCAAGGGGGCAAGUUUCUGCGGCUCGCUUUUCUUGACAUUGAACACUGUAUCAAGGACAGCCAUCUGCUCACUACAAUCGGCCUGUUCUUAGAUUACGGGCACCCAUUCAUACAACUUCCUCCCGUGCGAGGUGUAAACCUGUUCCAAGUCUUUAGUCAAUAUGUAUAUCAACAGGCCACAAUACAUUUUAGAGAACAUCCCAUCGCAUUAAUCUCGAAGAGCCUACUGGCGGUUUCACGUGAGGGUAAUGAGCAGGUACGCUCUUGGAUACGCAGCAUGUUUCGUCUCGUGCUAGACUUGUUCAGAUUAUUGCGCGGAUACGACGAAACGACAAUGAUAACACAAACAUUAUUUCUUUCGAGAUUCCCGGACCGUGAUAUAGCCUUGGAUUUUGCUCAACACCAAGAGAUACGCAUCAAGAGACUUGAGAAGGAAUUUGGUCGUGAUGAUGUGCGAGUCCUGCGGGCACACAUGGCGUUAAUGUGGGUUGGAAUGCAGUUCCACAUCUUGGACGACGAAUUAGAAGGGCGACUGGAACGGCUAUGUGCCAGGGCUAGGUCGCUCUUCAAAUAUAUCCAGGAUCGAGACCAGGAUGUAUGGCUCGCAGAAAAAGAGCUAGAUCUUUUUCGCGGAUCACACUUCCUCCUCGCCUCAUACUGGGGUUCGAAAGCAAAUAUCGACAGAAUGGUGGAGGCUUGCCAGGAAGUCGUCUUUCUGGAGGAUGAACCGUCCAGUAUUUGGGCAUCUCGCACUGUUGCUGUCAUCGAACUAUUGCGGCAAUAUGGAGUGCACGACGAAGCAGACAGAAUAGACGCAUGGAGAAAACAAGUGGAGCUCCCCCCAUCUUUGGAAGCCCUCCUGGAGGACUAGGCAUUGAGGCAAGAACUCUAAAGUAAAUUAGGAUAUAUUGAAUGCUGAUGCUCUGCAAUAGACGUGUGCGAGAUAUACCUUCUUUUCCAUUCAAUCGCACCUUCCAUUUCGAUUUCCAAAUCCUCCAAACUAACUUUAUUAAAGGUUCGUUGCAUAACUCGAACAAGGGUUCCCAAUUGCUUUCCGACACCUUGCCAA